UCAAUACAAGCUAGCCAUAAAGGUGCACGCGUCUCCCCCAGGCUACACGCAUCCAAACAGUUGAAUUAUCCAACCAUGGCCGCGCAAAGCAGCAGAUAAUUUCAGACGAACAGGCAAAGCCUCCUCAUCGUUCAAUCACGGUCAUCGAUCAACCGAUGAGGGCGUCGCGCAUAGCCAAGGAGACAUCGAGGUUGUUCGAGGGAACAACAGCCGCCAUGGCAACGCCAGCAACACCACGUCGCUCAACGCGUCUGAGCACUCUUGCUCGAUUUGCCUAUGAAGCGAACAAUGCGAAUGCGAAUGCCAGCUCGAGCUCUGCGCCGGUUGACUUACGAUCCUCGCCAUUGCGCGCCACGAAGCUCGAGGAAGACCAUGAGGAAGACGAAACCGGAGUUACCUUUGGAUCGGACAUAGAAGACGCUGUCAAGUCCAGUGGCUUGUCAUCACCAAAGGGGAAGCGCAGAGACCCAAUUGGCACGCGAAAACGGAAGCGCAUUACCACCACAACCACCACAACAGUGCUGAAGAAGGAGGAAUCAUUGCCUGCCCCAACGAGGAUCAAAACCGAACGGAGGAGCACGCGAAUUAUCAACCAAACCGUAGAAGCCGAAGUGAAGUCGGAUUCGGAGAUCGACAUAAACGAUAUCCCGGUCGCGGGCACAUCUACUACAUCCAGCAGAAAACGAACCGCUCGCAAACCCGCCCGCAAGACGACCGACGCCGUCACCGGCGAAGUGAAAGUCGAGCCUCCUUCUGGGUGGGAGGAGGUUUAUAACCUCGUCAAGGAGAUGCGCAUCUCCGGUCCCGCCGCCAACGCCGCCGUCGACUCGAUGGGAUGCGAGCGCUUGGCCAGCAAUAACGCAUCAGCACGCGAUCGGCGAUUUCACACUCUUGUUGCCCUGAUGUUGUCAAGCCAGACCAAAGACACGGUCAACGCGGAGGCGAUGUUGCGGUUGAAGAAGGAGCUGCCUCCCCACGCCGAGGGCGCGGAGCCGGGCCUGAACCUAGAGAAUAUGCUGGCUGUUGAGCCAGCCGUUUUGAACGAGUUGAUUGGCAAGGUUGGCUUCCAUAACAACAAGACUAGAUACCUCAAACAAGCCGCCGAAAUCCUCCGCGACCGAUACAACUCCGACAUUCCCGACACCAUCGAAGGUCUCAUGUCCCUUCCCGGCGUUGGGCCCAAGAUGGCGCAUCUUUGCAUGUCCGCCGACAACGGCUGGAACCGUGUCGAAGGCAUCGGUGUGGACGUCCACGUCCACCGCAUCACCAACCUCUGGGGCUGGCAGAAUCCGCCCACUAAAACCCCCGAGGAGACUCGCCUUGCGCUGCAGUCGUGGCUGCCCCGUGACAAGUGGAAGGAGAUUAACUGGCUGCUGGUUGGGUUCGGACAGUCGAUAUGUCUUCCCGUGGGGAGGAAAUGCGGUGAUUGCGAGCUGGGCCUAAGGGGGUUGUGUAAAGCUGCGGAGAGAAAAAAGGUUAUUGAGGGUAGAAAGAGGAGGGCGGUUGUUAAGGAGAAGGCGGAGGUGGAGACCGAGGUUGUGAGAUUCAAGAGAGAGCCGAAAGAGGAGGGUGACAACGAGGAAGACGAGCGGGACAUGGUAGUCAAGAGGGAAAAGAGAGAGGCAAGAAUUGAGAUCAAAGAAGAGGAGGAAGCCAGGGUCAGGGAUGUUGUGGUCAACGAGCCUGUACUGCCGGUGACUCAGGAAGCUGUUGCGGAUGACGCUGUGAAGAUGGAAAGCAUUGAGGAUGUUGAGAUGGAAGACGCCGAUGAGGUUCAGUCGACCAUUGAACACAGCCCGCCCAUCAUCAAGCAAGAAGAAGUUCUUAGGGUAAAGCAGGAACAGAGUGUUCAUGACAUGGGCGCUGGGGAAGAAGAAGAGAACCGGCUCCCGCACAUCGUCAAAAGAGAACACGUACGCAUCAAGCAGGAGUCAAACAUCCACGGCGAGCAGGUGGAAUCGGCACAUCGACGUCGCAUCAUGAAGAGAGAACCCGGACGGGACUUGGCGACCGUUAAGCAGGAGCCUGGUUUCGACGAGGAGAAAGCAGACGACCUUCAACAACAAGCUGUAAAGCCCGAGCAUCCGAGAGUGAAACAGGAGUCAUGUAUCCCAGAGCAAACCGAAGAAGAAAACCAUCGCUCAAGCACUGUGAAGAGAGAAUCCUUCAAUGGAGCUACGAUUGUCAAGCCGGAGCCGAACCUCAACAAUGAGGACGCGGAGGGCCACCAGGCGCGGACACGUUUAGUUAAGAGGGAGCCACUGCUGGAACGCACGAUGGUAAAGCAAGAACCUAACCUCGGUGACCCUGAGGGACGGGAGGGCCAAAAUGGCCCAACCAUUGUCAAGCGAGAGGUUGGGCAGUUGAAACAGGAGGCUGAGGAUGAGCAAGGUGAGGACGAGGAAGUCGACGAGCCAGUCGUCAAGAGUGAAACUGUCGAAAGGCAGCAAGAACCUGUGAGGGUGAAGAGGGAGGCUGCUGAUGAAGGCGAGGAGGAGGAAGACGGUUAUGUGAAAACGGAACACGGCGGUAGAGUCAAAGUGGAGGAUGGAAUGGCAAGGAUUAAGUUGGAGAGAUGAUGUCGGGAUGCACUGUUAAAAAGGCAUUUGUUUUAUAUAAAGAUAGCCAGAGGGGAAACUUUCAGGGUAAAUAGGUCGUCAUACGAAUGAAUGAACAGACAAGUCCAGUUGAAAUUCAACGUCUCAUCGCUUUUCAAUGUUUUUUUUU